GAUGGCGUCUCGAGGUUACUCGUUAAGAUUCCAUGUGUAUAAGUAGACUUGUGCGAGUCGUAAAUUAUGUUUAUGCAAGAUGCACAUGCUUGAAGAUAUUGAGGCAACUUUGAAGUCAAUGUGAAUUAAUAUAUUUGCAACGCAUUUUCUUGUAAAUAAGAGAAAAUUAAUUAACAUAAUAUAAUGUGGUGUAUCACGUGUCGCUUCUGCAAGGAAACAUUGAUAAAUAAUGUUAAAACAGCCUAUAGAAGAGUCUCAGUUGCUGCCAAUGUCGAUAAGAGUAACGAACUGGUGCUCUUGGGCCAGAAAUAUACAACGGACGAUUGGACGAAUGUCACGCCAAACGUUAUCGCUAAAUUGGGGAGAAAUCUGCACGUUCAGCAAUACCAUCCACUUUCGCAUUUACGUCAACGUAUUGUGAAUUAUUUUUAUGGACAGUUCCGCAGUAAAAGUGGGACUCCAUCGUUUAGUAUCUAUGACAAUAUAUGUCCUGUAGUCACAGUCGAGCAAAACUUUGAUUCCCUUCUUGUACCAAAGGAUCAUCCAAGUAGAAAGAAAACUGAUUGUUACUUUAUUAAUCAAGAUACGUUACUUAGAGCGCACACCACCGCGCAUCAAGCUGAGUUGAUCUCGAUGGGAUUGAAUAAUUUUCUCGUCAUCGGCGAUGUGUAUCGACGUGACGAAAUUGACAGAACGCACUACCCGAUUUUUCACCAAGUUGAUGCAGUCAGAUUAUGUACGUCGCAAGAGAUAUUUCGCGACGUGAACGAUUCCGAAAAUCUUAAGUUGUUUGAGCACAGAGGAAUAGAAAGUGUUGACAAGCAGGCUUGUCAUAGUUUAGAAGCGGUGAAAAUAAUGGAGCAGGAACUAAAGAGUACUCUUAUUAGUCUAGCACAAGCUAUCUUUGGAAAAGAUGUGCAGUGCCGAUGGGUCGAUCAAUAUUUCCCAUUCACGCAUCCAUCAUGGGAGCUAGAAAUAUUACACAACGAUAAUUGGAUCGAAAUAUUAGGCUGCGGCAUUAUGCGUCAGGAAAUUCUACAGAAAUCUGGUGCCACGGAUCGGAUCGGAUGGGCGUUCGGUCUCGGUUUGGAACGUUUGGCCAUGCGACUUUAUAAUAUUCCAGAUAUAAGAUUAUUCUGGAGCAACGAUGCGGGCUUUCUAAAUCAAUUUAAAGUAGAUAAUCCUAAUACACAUAUACAAUACAAGCCCAUCAGUAUAUAUCCACCUUGUAACAAUGACAUAAGUUUCUGGUUGCCAGAAGACGGAAGUUAUUCUUCUCACGAUUUCUACGAUAUAGUUAGAGAAAUAGGUGGUGAUGUUAUUGAGCAGAUUUCAUUGAAAGACGAAUUCAUACAUCCAAAGACUAAAAAAACAUCUCAUUGUUACAGUAUAGUGUACAGACACAUGGAGCGCACGUUGACUCAAAACGCAGUCAAUAAAAUUCAUGAUCAAGUAGGAAAAGCGGCAGCCGCUAAACUUAAUGUAGUUAUUCGAUAAAAUUAAAAAUAAAAUGUUUUUCUAGAAAAAAAUUAGACUUUUACGUAUAAGCUCUAUAAGAUACCUUGAUAAAAGAGGCAAAUGUGAAAAUCGUGUAAACAAUGCAAAUAUCACAGGAAAAGGAAUAUAUUAUUUUAUUUGUAAAUAAAUUAAUUAUAAACGCAUUACAUAGCAAAUAAUAGUCCUCUAGGAAUAACUAUAUUACUUGCGAUACGUUUUACAUUAGAGAUAACAACGAUUACAAUUAUGUUCUACAUACUUGUAAUAUAUACAUGAAUAUAAAACAUUAUGUAAUCUA